AUGGGUAAAUCAUUUAGUAUCAAUACUCAUGAUGUUUAUAGUAAAUCAUUUUGUAUCAAUAAUCAUGAUGUUUAUAGUAAAUCAUUUAGUAUCAAUAAUCAUGAUGUUUAUAGUAAAUCAUUUAGUAUCAAUAAUCAUGAUGUUUAUAGUAAAUCAUUUAGUAUCAAUAAUCAUGAUGUUUAUAGUAAAUCAUUUAUUAUCAAUACUCAUGAUGUUUAUAGUAAAUCAUUUAGUAUCAAUAACCAUGAUGUUUAUAGUAAAUCAUUUAGUAUCAAUAAUCAUGAUGUUUAUAGUAAAUCAUUUAGUAUCAAUAAUCAUGAUGUUUAUAGUAAAUCAUUUAGUAUCAAUAAUCAUGAUGUUUAUAGUAAAUCAUUUAUUAUCAAUACUCAUGAUGUUUAUAGUAAAUCAUUUAGUAUCAAUAACCAUGUUUAUAGUCAGUCAUUAAGUGUCAAUAUCACUUUAUCAUAA